CUAUCUGAUGAGUCAUUAACCCCUUCAAACUUCCUUUCCUUUUUCCAGGGUUAAAUAUCGGAAACAUUUCUCGCUUCAUCGUUCGCAGUUGAAAAUACUGCCCAUAAAUGUACAGGCUUCGUCACUAUCACCGCUGUGUAAUCAAAUGCUUUUAAUAGACUUGAUCGACCCCGGCUACCAUAUGACAUUUAUAUUCAAUGGACGCAAGGCUGCUACUGAUUUCUUAAAUUAUUUCAAGGUCAACUGCAGACUUACUCGAUAUGUUCAUGGCAAUGAAUUGAUAAAGAAUGGCUACGAUUUAGCGAAUAUGCCGCCGCUUGUCGAGGCGUGGAAUUGUGAGGAAACUUUAGCGUUUGAAAAUAAGUGGAAUAAUUCGGCGCGAGGGACUGCCCUGCAACGCGCGAAGAGCUCGUCGGUCAGUAGUCGCAUGGGUCAGCGCGCCAGUAUAGUGGGAGGGGCCGUGGAGGGUGUGGUGAACUCAUUAUUCCGGAGCAGUUCCAGCGACUCGCAAAUGCACCUGAAAAAGAAUAGAAGUGCUAGGACAGGGUUGUCAUCAACCUUGUCAGCUAAGGGUUAUGGCCACUUGGAUGUCACGCCAUUAAGUGCCUCGAAGGAAUAGUCUAAAUAAUAUAAUUACCAUAGUCACACAAGG